GGUUGAUGUUGUACAUCACUUUUGCCUCUUUUGCUUGCUAUUUUUUAGUCAAACAAUUUUGGUGAAUAAAGAAAUAUCAUCAAUUUUCUCAAGUAAAAGUUGUUGAUUGCGGUAACUGUGAAUCUAUCAAUAUAAUGUCUUUUGGAUAAAACACUGUAGUAUGUCAUAAUGAGUAACAAUUUGGAUAAUGAAAGAUCGGUUACAAGUGGCAAAAUGUAUCCAAUUGAUUUAGCGCCUCAAAAGAUUACUAUUGUGAAAAGUGUAUCUAAUACGGAAGUUAAAAUGGCUCAUUUACUCCCUGGGCAACCGAAAACAUCAGGUUCUGGUCAGAUUAUGACGCACGCCGGGCCUGUGGGCCUAAUGCGUCCAGCUGCUCAAAUCAUAUCUCCAAGCGUCGGUUCUCAGCCACAAAUGAUUGUGAGUGGAUCACCAAUAUUGCAGGGCAGUCAAAUUGUGAGUCAGGGUUCUCAACUUAUUGGUCAAGGCACCCAGAUAAUUUCACAAUCUCAGCUUAUAAGUCCAAGUGGCCAGAUUCUGAGCCCGGCCACACAGAUCAUAAGCCAGGGGUCACAGUUGUCUGCUCAAGUUUCCAAUAACAGCACAGGAUCGAAUAAUGUCCAAACGAGUGCUACCCCACCCGUGAGUGGAUCUCAGGUGCUCAAUGUUGGAGGAAUGGUGGUCAGCUCCUCAGUGAGGUCCCUACCACCCAGUGUUCGAGUUCUGUCACCUUUACAACAUGCCAACACCAGACCAGCAGUAUUAUCAAGCGUGAAUGUGAGCACUGCGGGUGGAGUGCUAGUGAGUAAAAGUGUGGGCAUGACAAGCCAUGUGCCACGUGGACUAGCUGCCGGAGCUUCUCUAGCCGUCAGGCCUGUCACCCCUGCUGCUUCUCAAGGAGUUGCCCAAGGAGCAUGGGCAACCAGCAACCGUGGGGCCCGCGGCGCGCUGGUGUACGGGGGCCGCACGCCGGCCCCCCGGCCCGCCAGCCGGCCCCCCGCGCCGGUUGCGGCGCCUCUGACCGUGGCCCCCGCGCUAUCGCAGACCUCGCUGACCUCGCAGCCUUCACACUCGACCGUCGUCACAUUGCCGCCUGCCACCGUCUUGACUUCGAGCGGUGUUAUAUCGGGUACAGUGCGAGGCGCGGCGCCGCGCUUGCAGGCGCCAGCGGCGACUUCCACGCCGUCACCUCGGCCUCUGCCCCUGCUGCAAAGGAAUUAUCAGCCUAAGGUGGUGGGCGUGGCCAGCGUAGGAGUCCGCGGCGUGGUGGGCAACAGCGCGCCGGCGCAACUUUACUAUGAGGUACCGCGCGCCGCCGCGCCGCACGCGCCUCGACCGCUAGCGCCGUACUACUCGCAACACCAGCCGCCAGGUACAAUAUGCCUCGUGGACAGCGCGCCGGCGCAGCUGUACUACGAGGUGCCGCACGCGCCGCGACCGCUAGCGCCGUACUACUCGCAACACCAGCCGCCCGGUACAAUAUGCCUCGUGGCCAGCGCGCCGGCGCAGCUGUACUACGAUGUGCCGCACGCGCCGCGACCGCUAGCGCCGUACUACUCGCAGCACCAGCCGCCAGGUACAAUAUGCCUCGUGGCCAGCGCGCCGGCGCAGCUGUACUACGAUGUGCCGCACGCGCCGCGACCGCUAGCGCCGUACUACUCGCAGCACCAGCCGCCAGCUAGUACAGUGAGCACUGUAACAGUAAUACCGGAGAGUCGGCCUCCGCCCACUUCCGUCCAGACUACGCCUGUGGUGCCCCGCCCAUCCAUACUGAGGAAACGCGACAUUGAAGGGUCUCCAACGAAGCCGACUAAUGUUGUGCCGCCCGCCCCGGUGGGGCAAGUGUCAGUGGCCCCGGUGACCCUGACCCCGCUACCGUUGCCGGUGAGCGUCAACAACACUUGCUACAGGAGCGAGGGCACGUGGGAGGACGUAAACCGUGGUGGAGGCCCGGGCUCCGGUGGAUCUACAACGAUAUCGGCGUCGUCGUCGCCCGCGCCUGACGAUGAGCCCGACUUGCCGAGGAUGGAUGACGUCUCGCCUAGGAAGAAGCCGAGGAAACAGAUGUUAACUAAUGAAGUAAGGCAGUGUGAUUUCACUCCUGACGAGACGCCGCCCACACCACCGCCGGUCAACAUCAAUCCGCCACCUAAACGCCCCCUACUAAGCUCAAGCUACGUAUGCGGCUGGCGGGGCACGGCGCUCCACUUCACGCGGCCGGCCGACGUGCGGCGCCGCGAGCCACGUGCCAAAGACAUCCUGGCCAUCGCCAGCCAGAAGCACGUGCUCACCAGCGCUGAAGGAUGGAAGGUGCACCAUCUCACCGCGCAGAUGGACGACUUGGUAAGAGUCGUAGUUAGAAUUUCAACCUUGUUAUAA